CGGCGCUUCGGUUGGAAGAGAAUACGCCAUAUUGAAUCAUCGUAGACUUCUGCUAGCGAUUUUCAGCUAGCUGUUUGAAAAGGACCGGUCUUCUAAUGGACUUCAUUUGGCGUUACCUUUUAUCUCUGUCUUUGUAACACGGGUUAUUAUCACAUUUCUUUAGUCAGGACAGUAGUGUAUUUUUAACGGGCACAUUGAUUUGCUUGAAGGGGGUUCCGAAAAAAAGUUGAAUGGAUCCGAGGGUGGCUUGGAAUCAGCCCGAGCAGAAAGGACCUGCGAACGCAUCAUGGAUGCGAAUCUGGGAGAUUUCUCAGGUACGAGCGACCUCCGGUCAACAUCAUAAUAAUCAGAACCACAACCUGUGUGUGAAUUAUCCAGCGUUGGACGUUUAUAAAAAUGUUGCGGCAUCGAGCAAUAGCAUUAACACCACUGCUAGUCUGAGCAGCAGCCAUCACUGUAUUUCAAACCGUACUACUAAUCACGGCACUUCAUUUUCCUCCUUCGGGUCAACGUUACCCAAAGGCAACGUACAGAACAUAUUGACUCCGUCCAAAGCGAACGGUAACAGUGUAACGACAGAUUUGUUGGGAAACAGUGGAAUGCCCCAAAAGACGGAAUCUGGAACGGACAGUCCAUCUUCGAACUGCUCGUUGGGAAGGACUUGCGGUGGCAAUGUAACGGGAAAUAGUAAUAAAAGCCCUGGAUGUGCCAAUCUGUUUUUUAGCUUCAGCGAAAGCAUGCAUAAUAAUGUCAACCAAUUCCACCACCAUCAAAGGCAUCAUCAGGAUCACCCCCAGUACAAUUUCCAACAUAAUUGUGUGAAGCGUCACCCACCAUCACCCUUAAAUAACCACACUCACCAUCCAGGCCGAAGGAAAAGUGACAACAAGGCGAGCACCUAUGGGAUUAAUUACUUGCUUUCUAACUGGACUAAUGACAACCAUGUUAGUUCGGGGACUGGAACUCCUUGGAAGACGAGGAAAUACAGCCCCGGUGUUGAUGGUCUCCAUGAGGAGGUGGUGGACUUCUACAACUUCAUGUCUCCCCAACCCGAGGAGGCUUCUAUGAGGAAGGAGGUGGUCAACAGAAUCGAGACGGUCAUCAAGGAGCUGUGGCCUACUGCUGACGUGCAGAUAUUUGGCAGCUUCAGCACUGGACUCUACCUACCCACAAGUGACAUAGACCUGGUGGUGUUUGGGAAGUGGGAACGCCCCCCUCUGCAGCAAUUGGAACAGGCCCUCCGGAAACACAACGUGGCGGAACCUUUCUCCAUCAAAGUGCUGGACAAAGCUACAGUGCCAAUCAUCAAGCUGACUGACCAGGAGACAGACGUCAAAGUGGACAUCAGCUUCAAUGUGGAGACGGGAGUCAAAGCUGCUCUCUUCAUCAAGGACUACACAAAGAGGUAUCCCGUGCUGCCUUACCUGAUCUUUGUGCUGAAGCAAUUUCUGCUCCAGAGAGAUCUCAACGAGGUGUUCACUGGAGGAAUCAGCUCCUACAGCCUCAUCCUGAUGGUCAUUAGCUUCCUCCAGCUCCACCCAAGAAUUGACGCCAGUAGCCCCAACAUCAACCUUGGCAUCCUGCUGAUUGAGUUCUUUGAGCUGUACGGCCGCCAUUUUAAUUACCUGAAGACGGGCAUCCGUGUCAAGAACGGAGGGGCCUACAUGGCCAAGGAGGACAUGACGAAGGUUAUGACCAACGGCUACAGACCCUCCAUGCUCUGUAUAGAGGACCCACUGAUGCCAGGUAACGACGUUGGCAGGAGUUCGUACGGAGCCAUGCAAGUCAAGCAGGUGUUUGACUACGCUUACAUCGUCCUUGGUCACGCCGUGUCACCGCUAGCACGCUCCUACCCCAAUAAGGACAUCGACAGCACUUUGGGGAGGAUAAUCAAGGUGACCCAGGAAGUGAUUGACUACAGGGAGUGGAUCAUGACGAAGUGGGGAGGAAGGCACCUCGCCCGCAUGGAGAGCCGUGGUUCUGUCCUGGAGCAGGACCCGGCACGGUGUGUGUUGGGUGUAGGUGUGGAGGAACAGAGGGACUCAGUCUCCCCCCACAGUGCAGACUCCCCCAUGUCCCUGUCCAGUCCUCACCAACACUCCUCAGCCUCCUCGGUCUCCUCUCUGUCCGGGUCAGACAAUGACUCUGAUUCGACGCCAUGCCCUGGCCGCCCUCCGGCGCUGCCCCCCUACACCCUCCAGUCUCUGGGUAUGACUCUACCCCUGGGCCUGGCACUGGGCAAGACUGGCAUCAACCAGCAGCACCUCAUCAUGUCCCCUGGCUCACAGGCGUGUAUGUCUUUGCCCAGUGGCCUGACGAUGCACUCCUUACCUGUCAGACAGGUGGGUAUAGACAUGACCCCCCCUACCCACCACCCUGCCCACCAUAACCCUCAUGCCCCCUCCAACCCCCAGCCUCUGUCCAGCCCCCACCCCACCAGCCACACACACCAGAAUGGUCCUAAGUUUCACGUGAAAGGCUUCCACAAUCCAGCUGUGGUCCACAGUCCCGCCCUGGCCAACCGCGCCCACACGCACCCUCUCACACACGCCCACACACACUCACACACGCAGUACCGCAACACCUGGCGCCGUCGGAAGAGGGACAGCCUGCCAGUAAGCCUGAGCAGAUAAAGGAUAAAACAUCCCCUGUUUCCUCUCCUCCCUUCAUCCCUCUCUCAUUCUGACUGAUUGGGAAGACAACUUCAUGAGACAAUGCUCCCUGCUGUUCAACUUGGAGGACAGGCAGGCAGAGGCACCAGACCAGCAUUGGGAUUCAUUCAACACUUUGGGCUGCUGAACUUCGGCCCCGAGGAGGGAAAGCUCUGGGAAAACUCUUUCUCCAUCACUCAUCCUCUCCCCAUUUGUGCAUGUUUUUUACUGCGCAAUGAACCAACGGCCAACGAUACGGGAACGAGCAGGGCGGCUAGCAAACAGAACGCAGCGUAACCCAACGUGCAUUCUGACCCCAGAACUUUUCCGCAGCUCUCCAGUCUUUCGCUUCCUGUUUGGGAUCCACCUUUUUGUUUUGUUUUCGUUAAUGUUUAUUGUUCACAUUAAUAUUUUUUUUAAAUUGCGCUUUGCCCUUUUUCACAUAUGUUCAAGGAGACUGAGGAUAGUGACAUCUUUGCCAGGUGGAAGUAGCGAAAGACCAGUGUCGUAUUGUAAAUGGAGUUUAUUUGAGUUUUUUUGACUGGGUUGCGUUGUGAAGGCCUUUGUCCUUGAACCCUGUAGCCAAGCUGUAUCUUAUUCAGUGUUCACACAAUGGACAGUUUCUCAUUUGUGCAAUAAUGUGUUCAAUUUUUUUAUUUUAUCUUAUCAAUCUUUAUUUAAUUGUAUUAUUUGUGUAUGUAUAGGUAUUUUGGUGUUACAUUUUUAAGAUUGUAGGUUUGUUUUUUUUGCCAAGAGUUUACAGAACCUUUCCCCAGAUGGCCUCCGGUCUGGAGAGUGUAACGGAGUGUGUCUGUGUCAAGAGUGUGUGACGGAGUGUGUGUCUGUGUCAAGAGUGUGUGUCAAUUGGUGAGUUGUGUGUAUCUUGUUGGUGUCAAAGUAUAGUUGAACCCCCCCCAUGGGUGUUUUAUAAUGUGUGAAAAGGAAGAAUCAGAAGGAGCUAAGUGACUUCAGACUACUGCAAUGCAACCUCUAUUGUUGACAGGUUAAACAUCUGUAAUCUCACAUUGUCUCACUAGAUGGAGCUCUUACUAUAGCAGAGUCAGACUGUGGACUGACUGACUGAGCUCUUACUAUAGCAGAGUCACAGCGGACUGACUGACUGAGCUCUUACUAUAGCAGAGUCACAGCGGACUGACUGACUGAGCUCUUACUAUAGCAGAGUCACAGCGGACUGACUGACUGAGCUCUUACUAUAGCAGAGUCACAGCGGACUGACUGACUGAGCUCUUACUAUAGCAGAGUCACAGCGGACUGACUGACUGAGCUCUUACUAUAGCAGAGUCACAGCGGACUGACUGACUGAGCUCUUACUAUAGCAGAGUCACAGCGGACUGACUGACUGAGCUCUUACUAUAGCAGAGUCACAGCGGACUGACUGACUGAGCUCUUACUAUAGCAGAGUCACAGCGGACUGACUGACUGAGCUCUUACUAUAGCAGAGUCACAGCGGACUGACUGACUGAGCUCUUACUAUAGCAGAGUCACAGUGGACUGACUGACUGAGCUCUUACUAUAGCAGAGUCACAGCGGACUGACUGAGCUCUUACUAUAGCAGAGUCACAGUGGACUGACUGAGCUCUUACUAUAGCAGUCACAGUGGACUGAGCUCUUAGUCACGCCCAAUACCAUAGCUGUUGUUUUUAAAACCCUUAUCUUUAUUUGGUGCUUGUGCGUGCGUGCGUGCGUGCGUGCGUGCGUGCGUGCGUGUGUGUUUGUCAGUCAUAGGAGGACUUAGUCACAUAACGUUUGUGCCAUUUCCGCUACUCAGUCCUAGUGUAGAGUAGGGCUGAAAACUCUUCCCCAUUGCAGGAGUUUGGCACAAGGCCAAAUACAUAUUGUAUGCUCCAAGUGUGUUUCUGUUGGUGUAUGUCUGUCAUUUUUUAAAGAUGUGCAUGGUAUGGAGGUGGAGUUAGAUGAAGGAACAGCAAAAAUGACCUGAAGAUUGGUGAGUGGUGUGAAAUGGCCCCCUAUGUCAAGUAGUGAACUACAUAGGGGAUAGGGUACCAUUUAGACAUGCCCUAAAAGACUAGGUGCUCUAAAGGCUAAAGGGUCUUUCUUCUUAGCAGGGGAGAAAGUUCUGGAGACCUCUGGACAGUGGAGGAAAGGGAAUCAUUUUGAUUCCAUUCUGGAAUCUAGUGUAUAUUUGAUUGCCAAGUACUUCCUCUAGUUGUUCCUUCCUCUAGUUCUUUGUGUUUAAUUGUGUGUGUGUGUGUGUGUGUGUGUGUGUGUGUGUGUGUGUGUGUGUGUGUCUCGUCUCUGCAAGUAUAUAGCCCCACACACACACAUACGAGUGACUGUGUGUGGCUGAGGCUCAGCGCGGUAGCUACACACUGAACAUAUGAUGUUAUUACUAUGCAAGUGGGUUAUUUUUGAGUGCCCCAGUAUUUCUGUUUCCAAUGACAACCACUGCUUCUUGGAUCGGAGUGACGUUACUGUAAACUCCAGUUUGAACGACUAGACCUGUAAUUGGUUGGCUAGGCUAGAUGGUGGUUAGCCAGCCUCAGCCCAGUUACAAGUGAACCACAGAACUCUGUCUUUGUAUGCAAGUCCUGAUGUUUUAAAAGUCUAGUUUUGUAUUUCUAUCUGGCAGAAUGUCUAUGGAAGGGGGUGUGUGUUUAAGUGGUUGGGUAUCUAUAUGUCUGGCUUGUCUGAGCGAAUAGCAAGACAGUUUUUUUUUUUUUUUUUUCAAAUGACACCCCAUUCUCUAUAUAGCACAUGCUAUUGUACUCUAGUGCUGUUCUAAAGUAGUGCCCUAAUAUAGGGGUUAGGGUGUCAUUUGAGUGCACAUGAGGAGCGAUUUGCACUCUGUAGUGGACGACUUCAUACCCUUCCUAGUGCACUAGAAUCCUCUACCCUUCCUGAGACUGUGUUAGGCGCCAACGUCACUCUCUGUAAUGUUACUAUAGCAACUUUUAACCACCAAUCAAAACUCGACCUGGCCAAUAUAUCGCCUUUGACAGGGUCGUCGGCCCCAAAUGGCAUCCUGUUCUGAAUGUAUUGCACUACUUUUGAUUAGAUCUUUGUAGUGUCUUGUGGAAGGUAGCUGGGCUAUAUAGGACAUAGGGUGCCAUUUGGGACUCAAGCUGUGUCUGCUUUUAGAGAAUAGAACCAUCAUCUGUCAGAGAGAUGAGCUCAAACACUAUCUCUGGUUGGAGAUUUGUCAAGCCUGUCAGUUGUCCACCAUUUUUACAGAUUCUAUUAAGACUGAAAUGCAGUGUGACGUCUGUAUGGAUUCAACUCUGUGUGCAUCCCAAUGGUCUACACAAGCUUCCUCCCCUCAUGUCCUUUAUCUGAUCUAAAAGAAAUUGGAACAGGUAAAAGCCAAUCCUUUGGUAGAUCGGAGAGAUGUGGAGGAGAGGAAGCCUCUUUAGACCAUUGAACAAGAAACACAUGUACACAUAGAUGCAAUGUAAUGCACUCCAUUGCAUCACAAUGAGGGAUUUUAAACUUAACGGCCGCCAUUUUGUGAAAGGUGGCGGCUCUUCUGUCAUGGCCAACUCAUCUGAAGAGGAACUCCUAAAAUGGUCGCCAAACUAGCGGCGGUCACGGAGUGACAGCCUGGCUUUUGUUUUGAACUUCUUUUUUUAUGUACCAGUAUAUUUUUUUCUAUUUUAUUUUUUAUUAAACAUCAUAAAACUGCCA